AAGAACUAGAAAGAAACUUAAUUAUUACAAACCACCUCAUUACUGAUACACACACUCUCACCACUACUCCCAGAACCAGUCCUAUGGAGAAGCAGUUGUUACUGAUCUCCGAAAAUUAAGCAGGAACGACUCGUACAAAUUAAAGCGCUUUCGUCCGCACCGUGCCCCCGGGGCGAGGGGGAGGGGGAGGGGGAGGAUGAUCUCGUGGCACGAUCUGUACACGGUGCUGGCGGCGGUGGUGCCACUGUACGUGGCGAUGAUCCUGGCGUACGGGUCGGUGCGGUGGUGGGGGAUCUUCUCCCCGGACCAGUGCUCCGGGAUCAACCGAUUCGUCGCCAUCUUCGCCGUCCCCCUCCUAUCCUUCCACUUCAUCUCCACCAACGACCCCUACGCCAUGAACCUCCGCUUCGUUGCCGCCGACACCCUCCAGAAGCUCCUCGUCCUCGCCGCGCUCCUCGCAUGGUCACCCUCCGCAGCUGCGUCGUCCCUCGACUGGUCCAUCACCCUCUUCUCCCUCUCCACGCUCCCCAACACCCUCGUCAUGGGGAUCCCCCUCCUCAUCGCCAUGUACGGGCCCUACUCCGGCUCCCUCAUGGUGCAGAUCGUCGUGCUCCAGUGCAUCAUCUGGUACACGCUCCUCCUCUUCCUCUUCGAGUACCGCGCCGCGCGCCUCCUCAUCGCCGACCAGUUCCCGGACACCGCCGCCUCGAUCGUCUCCUUCCGGAUCGACCCCGACGUGGUCUCGCUCGACGCCUCCGCGCUGGGGGGCGGGGCGGGGGCGGGGGCGGGGGCCGGGGAGAGGGCGAUCGAGACCGACGCCGAGGUCGCCGCCGACGGGAAAAUCCGCGUCACGCUGCGCCGGUCCUCGGCGUCGCGGCGCUCGCUCUCGCUCGUGACCCCGCGCCCCUCCAACCUCACCGGCGCCGAGAUCUACUCGCUCAGCUCCUCCCGCAACCCCACCCCGCGCGGCUCCAACUUCAACCACGCCGACUUCUUCGCCAUGGUCGGCGGCGCCCCCCCGCCGCCGCUCCGCCACUCCAGCUUCGGCGCCGCCGACGUGUUCUCCCGCGGCCCCACCCCGCGCCCCUCCAACUUCGACGAGCUCCCCCCCGACGCCACGGCCCCGGCGAGGAAGCCCCAUGCUCCGGCGCCACCUCCGCCGCCCCCGCCGCCGCCGCCGCCGCCGCACCACCACCAGAGAGGGGCGUCGCACCACGACGCGAAGGAGCUCCACAUGUUCGUGUGGAGCUCGAGCGCGUCGCCCGUUUCCGAGGUCGGGGGCCUCCACGUGUUCGGCUCCGCCGACCUCGCCGGCGCCCUCCCCGACCACGGCGCCAAGGAGAUCCGCAUGCUCGUCCCCGCCGACCUCCCCGCCAAGGGGUCGGGGAUACCGGGGGGAGAGGAUUGCGAAGGGCGGAGAGGAGGAGGAGGAGGAGGAGGAGGAGUGGGGGAGGGGUUUAGCUUCGGAGCGGGGAAGGGGCUGGAGGAGGAGGAGAUGGAGGAAGGGGCGAUGGGGCCCGAGGAGCUGUCGAAGCUGGGGUCGAGCUCCACGGCGGAGCUCCACCCGAAGGGCGCCGGAGGGCCGCCGGAUGAGGGGCGGGCCACCCCGCACCAGAUGCCCCCCGCGAGCGUCAUGACACGUCUCAUCCUCAUCAUGGUGUGGCGCAAGCUCAUCCGCAACCCCAACACCUACUCCAGCCUCAUCGGCCUCAUCUGGUCCCUCGUCGCCUUCAGGUGGCAUAUCGCUAUGCCGAAGAUAGUCGAGAAGUCCAUCUCGAUUCUAUCCGACGCAGGACUCGGCAUGGCCAUGUUUAGCUUAGGGCUAUUUAUGGCGUUACAGCCGAAGAUCAUCGCGUGCGGCAACAGCGUGGCGACGUUCGCCAUGGCCGUUAGAUUCCUCACCGGCCCGGCCGUUAUGGCGGCCGCGUCCAUCGCCGUGGGGCUGCGCGGGACCCUCCUCCACGUGGCGAUCGUGCAGGCGGCUCUUCCACAAGGCAUAGUUCCCUUCGUUUUCGCCAAGGAGUAUAAUGUCCACCCCACCAUUCUCAGUACCGCAGUUAUUUUCGGAAUGUUGAUAGCUCUUCCGAUCACACUGGUCUACUACAUUAUCCUUGGACUAUGACGACAUUAACAGAGAAGUCACAAACUUACAGCAAUAUGGGAAAAAUCCGUUAGAACGUAACAGAAGUAGCCAUCCAGAUUGAGACAAUCGAGUUGACGAGCAAGUGAACUACGCGUUCAAAGGCGGAUUGUUUGAAGGAGCUAAAAAGCAAUGCCAAGUGAUUCGAUUUGGAGAGAGAGAGAGAGAGAGAGAGAGAGAGAGAGAGGAGAUAAAAAGUUUUUGUAUUUAUUUUUAUUUCGAAUAGAACUCGUUUUUUCCAGUGAAAGAGGAGCCUCUUCUUGUUAAUUACAAUUUUCUUUCUAUCAAUAUACUUAGUGGAAAAUUUGGACCGAUCAAAA